CAAAACAUCCUCAGCUGUUUCAGUCACCAAAAAAUUUAUAAAUCAAUUCAAUUCAAUAAUUUUUAAAAAUGUCCAAAAAAGAAGCUUUACAAUUGCAGAAAAUGUCUAGAAACGACCGAUUUGCUCAAAUGUCACACCAAGAGAAAAUAAUAGAACAGAAAAAGAAAGAAAUAUUGGAAAAGUUGGAAGCCAAAAAAAAAAAUUUGGAAACUAAUGCUCAAGACGAUACUUCUAAAGAAAGCAUCGAGGCAGACAAAAAGUCUUUGAAUGUGUUCAAUAAUGACGGUUCUUUCCUCAACACCUUCAAGAGUUUGAAGGAAAAGAAAGUUGACACAAAAUCGAAGUUAUUUAAGUGCAAAGAAUACAGUGAUGAUCGUGGAAAUAAACUCUCAAAGUGGGGUCAGAGGCAGAGUGGUUCCUCGAAGGACCGUUCAAAGCCCAUAAAUAGGUUACCUGACAAAAAUCCAUCCUUUGAACAGCAAAAAAUCACAAUCAAUACAUGUUUCAAAAAUUCCGUCAGUCAUCAGAAUUUCGAUUGCAACGUACCAUCUAAAUCUUCCCCCGAAGUGAAAUCAGAGCCACAGGAUGUUCCUGUUGAGGUUAAAGAGGAAAGUGUACCUGUUAUUCCUAAGACGGAACCUGUGGAACCUCGGAUGAACACAACGGUUCCUACUCAACAUGACAUGCACAUGAUGGUAACGCAAUCGAUGUUGAGUGGUGUCCCCACAUUAUCUCAACUUCCCCCACACAUAGUACCUUCUCCGGAUCCGUUGAGUUUGCAGGGUAUUGACUUGAAUAACGCGAUGGUUCAGAAUCAGCUUCGAAUGAAUCAAACGGGAUGCCUUCAGAAAGUUGAGUUGGCUAACAUUCCUCCUCCGAACCCCAUUCAGUUACAAAAUAUACCGCAGCCGGAUCCGAUAAACGCGCUUAAUAUACCUCAGCCUGCACCGCUGCAAGUUCAGAAUAUCCCAACUCCGACCUCUUUGCAACUCAACGAAAUCCCCAAUCCGAAACCACUAGAUCUGAUGGCUAUACCCACUCCUAGUGAUAAAAUGUUAUCGGACGCUGAGUUCUUGAAGAAUAUACCUCCACCCAAUAAGUCCGUCCCUCCUCCUAGUUUGAGCGACACGCCCAUGAGUCUGCCUCCUCCUCCGCCUCCCAACUGCGUUUCUAUCGUGCAGGCACAACAGAACGCCAGGAAUCUAUCGAAUUCUCAGAGUAUUGUCCUCCAGGCCAUCCAGUCGGUCCCCCAGCCGAACCAGAUGCAAAAUUUGCCUCAGAAUUCUUUCGCGCCGGUCAUUUCUGUUGCUCUGCAACCGAACGCUAUUCCGGCCCUUAUGGCUCAGCCGAUCCUUCCUCCUCCGAAUUUGACCUUGAACCCGAUGCAGCAGGUUAAUAUAAGCUGCCCCCCGCCCAUCAUCGCCUUGAACACGCCCACUGUGCAACUGCAAACCCCGCCCCCUGUGUUUAUGGGACAGGCUCCGCCCCAAAUGAGUCAGAUGCCGCCGAUGAACAUACCGCCCCCUCCGCCGCCACUGAUGAAUGUGAUCGGUGCCUCUAAUCACCCAGAUAUGCAUGCAGUGUUUCCCCCAGGUACUGCCGAUUAUGAAGCGAUGGCGUCUCUGGCCCGUAUGGUGGCGCAGUGCGGACCUAGCGUACAGGACGUGGUGCAACAGCGUAAAAAGCAAGAUCCCAGUCUGUGGUUCCUAUUUCACAAGGACUCCGCCGCUUACAAGCAGUAUCAGCAACUGAUCGAACAGUUCAAGAAGGAGAUGAUGGAGGAGUGUUCGAACAGGACGGAGUACAAGCCGGAAGACGCGUACGAACCGGAAGUGGCCUGCGAGGAGGAAGAUAGGAAAGACUUUGAGAAUUCCCAGAGGAGGCGGAAAAGGAGCAGAUGGGGCGAAAAGGUGCAGGAUGCGAAGGAUCCCAUCGUCCUUCCGCCUGUUUCGGUCGUGACGCCCAACCUACCGCUGCCGUCGAACCAACAGCCAGGUCAAGUUAUGUUAUCUAAAAUCACCAGGACGGAUCCGGGUCUGUUGCAGUACGCGAAACAGACGUUCGGCUCUCUCAACCUGACGGACGAGCAAUGGAAGAAGGCCGAGGAUCACUAUAAGAUCAAUCUCUUGUAUCAGGAUAUGGUGAGGAAGAGGGAGGAGGCGGAUAGGUUGAGAUUAGCCGGUAAAAAGAAGUACGACUACGAUUCGGACGAAGAUACGGACGGUGGCACGUGGGAACAUAAGAUCAGAGAGAAGGAAAUGAUGGCGACGCAACUGUGGGCCGCCGAACUCACCAGGCAGGCGGAGGGGAAACACCACAUAGGGGAUUUCCUGCCGCCGGAGGAGUUCAAGCGUUUCAUGGAGAAAUCCAGCGCGGGCAAGGACGGCAAACAGUUGAAUUUCUCCGAUUACAAAGAGUUCAAGAUCAAAGAGGACAACAUCGGUUUUAAGAUGUUGCAAAAGUUGGGUUGGACCGAAGGUACCGGUCUGGGAUCGGAGGGCAAGGGUAUCGUGGAACCCGUGAACAAGGCCGUAUCGCGGGAUCUCAAUCAGGGAUUGGGCAUGAACUCCGAGGACUUCAACGACGACGACGACGAAUACGAGUCGUACAGGAAACGUAUGAUGUUGGCCUAUAGGUUCAGACCGAACCCAUUGAAUAAUCCCAGAAGACCGUACUACUAAACAGCAAUGAUUAAGGGCAUAACAGAUGUUAAUUGUAGUUACAAUCGAGGUAUUUUAUUAAAAGUAUUUAAUUGAUCGUGUAAAUAAAGUAUUUAUAACUCG